UCACCUGAACAACACAAAAGAUAUAUAAUCAAUGCAAAAUUUAAUGAACACUGUGUUAUAUUAAUGAGUUAACACACCAAAAGUGGUUCGACGAGAUGAUCGGCAGCCAUCGUUGUCGUUAAUUUUUGCUUUUUUAUAGUGCACUUAGGACAAGCUAACUGCUCUGUGAUUGGCUAAUUGUCGGUGACCCUGUUGCUAGCCCGUCAAUCAAACAAUUAGCGGGAACGGUUGGUUUACGUUAACGCCCAGCUUUCCUCCAGAUCUCUUUCAAAAGAUCUUUUAAAAAAAAAACUGAUUGUACUGUACUGUUCUUGUAAAAAUAUACCUUCAUUGUUGCCAUCUCCCUAUAUGUGGUUGUCAUCGCCAAAAACCCAUGGCGUGUGUACAACGAGUGAGAACUCUCCAGGAUACUCAGCUUUUGCCAAACCAGGUUCUCUCAGAGCAGCAGUCCUUGGUUGUUAUAAAGAAGCUUCUGGCCAUCGCAGUGUCUGGCAUCACGUACCUUCGAGGCCUUUUCCCAGAGAAAGCCUACGGGAACAAAUAUGUUGAAGAUCAGAAAGUGAUGAUCAUUAGAGAGGAGCGCAGCUGUCCCGGUGCUAGUCAGAUUGUUCAGUGGAUGCAGGGAUGCUUUGAGGCCAUCCAGAAGAAAUAUCUCCGGACAGUUAUUAUGUCUGUCUACACUGACCCAGAGAACCCCCAGAAAGUGACAGAGUUUUACCAGUUUAGGAUCCAGUACACUGCAAAAGGAGCGCGGAUAGACUUGGAAAGCAGCAACAACAACAACAACAGCAACGUGUCAGCGAUGUCAUGCGGCAACACUAAGAAGGCCAGCAUCCUGCUGGUGAGGAAGCUCUACACUCUGAUGCAGAACCUGGGUCCUCUGCCAGACAAUGUGUGCCUCAACAUGAAGCUGGCCUACUAUGACGAUGUCACCCCUCACGACUACCAGCCGCCGGGCUUCAAGGAGGCCGAAGGCAACACCAUGGAGUUCGAGAGGGAACCAGUCAAACUGACCAUGGGCGAGGUGGCCACCCCCUUCCACACUUUGAAGCUGGACAUGGCUACAGAGAGACGGAGGCUGGAGCAGGUGGACGAGAGUGUUGAUGUGACGGAGAAGUGGGUUCUGAAGAUGGAGGAGGACGGCGUCUUUUCACAGAGCCACGUGAUUGAAGAUGUGGAGAAGGCUGACAAUGAAAACACAGACUUGGAUAACACUGAAAUCCAAAUGAGCUGUCAUGAAAAGAAGGAGAGUUGUAAAGAAGUUACAGAGCUGGACACUCUGGUGAAGAGGACCUCUGACAUGGACGUGGGCCUGAAGAGGACCAGGAGUGGACGGAUCAUCCAGUCCACUACGGAGACAAACCUGACUGUGAACAACAAGCAGACCGCUAUGAAGGACAAAAUGGUGUCUCAAUUUGACAUCCCCAACAGUCAGGAAACGCCGUCCAACUCUGGGCCUAAGAAGAAACGCAAAUUCAGCGAGCCCAAAGAACGCUAUUAACCUCACACCCCACUGCUAACACAGCAGCCCUGCUGUGUUGCUUUACAUGGAUGUUUUUUAAAUUUCAAUAUUGAUUACAAGUUAUGUAGUUGUGUUUUUUUAAAGGGAAUUCCACUCCUUUUUUUGAAAAAAUUUUAGCGAUAAUUUGAGGUCUUGACACAAAUGUAUUUGAAUGAAGUACAGAUCUAAAAUGUCUUCCCUACAAUUCAAUAUAAUUCAUCUAUGAAGUUGGAAUACUAAUUUACAAAGCAGUGUUAAUUUUGCCUUGUAAUGGUUAUGUUUGUUAUACUGGUUCCAUUUUGUUACUUGUGUACAAAGCAGGAGGGAAAACUUGAA